AUGACUGACAAGGCACCAGCGCUAAGGAUUUUAGUGAAUUCCCUGAAAGAUGUAGUAAAUGCAUUUGUGCCAAGUGGAAGAGUUAUGCAGAUAGUGGAUCAAAAGUUGCCUGCACUACUUGGCAACCUUCCUAGCCCUUAUGACGAGGAAUUAAAAGGGAUUGCGGAUGUCACUGAAAUACCUUUAGGCCAUCUACUACAUACCAGAAACAUGGAUUUUGGAGUAUUUCUUGGAUGGAAUGUAAAUAAUAAUUCCUGGGUUGUAACUGAGGAACUUAAACCUUUAACCGUGAAUUUGGACUUCCAGAGAAACAACAAAACUGUCUACAAGGCUUCAAGCUUUGCUGGUUAUGUGGGCACAUUAACAGGAUUCAAACCAGGAAUGUUUAGUCUUUCACUAAAUGAACGUUUCGCAACGAGUGGUGGCUAUAUGGGUAUCCUAGAAUGGCUUUUGGGGAAGAAAGAUGCCAUGUGGAUAGGGUUUAUCACUAGAUCAGUUCUGGAAAACUGCACAAGUUAUGAAGAAGCCAAGAAUACAUUGAGCAAAACCAAGCUAAUGGCCCCGGCAUACUUUAUUCUGGGAGGCAACCAAUCUGGGGAGGGUUGUGUGAUUACAAGAGACAGAAAAGUAUCUUUGGAUGUAUAUGAACUUAAUCCUAAACAGGGUAUAUGGUAUGUGGUACAAACAAAUUAUGACCGCUGGAGAAAUCCCUUCUUCCUUGAUGACCGGAGAACCCCUGCAAAGAUGUGUCUGAACAAGACAUCCCAAACGAACAUUUCACUUGCAACCUUAUAUGAUGUUCUGUCUACAAAACCGGUCCUCAACAAGCUAACUGUAUUCACAACUUUGAUGGAUGUUACCAAAGGGCAGUUUGAAACUUACCUGCGGGAUUGUCCAGACCCUUGUAUAGGUUGGUAA